AUGGCGCCGCCCCCUUCGAACAAGGCCAAGAUCACCGAGGCCAAAAAACUGGCCAAGUCUGAGCCAACAAACGCAGAGAGCAUCUAUAAAGAGGUCCUAUCAAAAUCCCCCGGUUCCAAUCAGGCCGCUCUUCAGGACUAUGAAAAUGCGCUGGCUGGGCUGGGCGAGCUCUACAGAGACCAUAAGCGAUCUGAAGAUCUCGCCGAGCUGGUGAAGACAAGCAGGUCGACCUUGUCCUCAUUUGCUAAAGCGAAGACAGCUAAGCUAGUCCGACAAUUGCUCGACUUCUUCGCCGAUAUUCCAAACUCCUUAGAGAUUCAGAUCACUACGACCAAAUCAUGCAUCGAUUGGGCCAAUUCUGAAAAGCGAUCCUUUCUCCGUCAGAACCUCGAAACACGACUGGUUGGGCUGUAUAUGCAGAAACAAUCAUACUACGAUGCUCUUACACUGAUUAAUGGUCUGCUGCGAGAGCUGAAGCGGCUUGACGACAAACUCGUCCUGGUAGAGGUCCAGCUGCUCGAAUCGAGGGUCUACCACGCUCUCACCAACCAAGCCAAAGCAAGAGCUGCGUUGACCUCAGCGAGGACCUCUGCUGCUUCUGUUUACACCCCUCCACUUUUGCAAGCUGGAUUGGACAUGCAAAGUGGCAUGCUUCACGCGGAGGACAAGGACUUCAAUACGGCUUACUCAUAUUUCAUCGAAGCGCUAGAAGGCUAUCACGCACAGGAUGACACAGUUCGAGCAACCUCGGCAUUACAAUACAUGUUGUUGUGCAAGAUUAUGCUGAACCUUGUCGACGACGUCAAUUCUCUCUUGUCUUCGAAGCAGGCACAAAAGUAUGCCGGUACCAAUCUGGAGGCUAUGAAAGCAGUGGCAAGAGCGCAUGCGAAUCGAUCCCUCGAAGAAUAUGAACAGGCACUGUCCAGCUAUCGGUACGAGCUUGGCAGUGAUGUUUUCAUCCGAAAUCAUCUACGGCGGUUAUAUGAUGCGAUGCUGGAACAAAACCUGAUCAAGGUAAUUGAGCCAUUCAGCCGGGUGGAAAUUGACCACGUCGCAAAGAUGGUUGGUCUUGACACGCAACAGGUGGAGAGGAAGCUAUCGCAAAUGAUCUUGGAUAAGGUCAUCGUCGGUGUGUUGGAUCAAGGAGAAGGGUGUUUGAUUGUGUACGAUGAGGUCGAGAGGGACGCUGGCUAUGAUGCAGCGCUGGAAACGAUUGAAAAGCUCAGCAAUGUCGUUGAUGUGCUUUACACCAACCAGGCGGCCUUGUUAGAAUAG